GCGUCCAAGAAACUGCCACCUUCACAAACCAACUGACACACUCCCACACGAUGGAAACAGAUCAGAACAACAACAACAACAACAAUAGGGAUCGUGUGCAGGAACUAUUCCGGCUAUUCAAAUUCGAGAAAGUCAUCAACGAAGAUCCAAGUCAUCAUACGGUCAACCUAUUGGGUACGAUCGAAGUAGCCAAGGAUGGCCAGACAGUCAAUGAAGAAGGAGUCCAGCCGAGCAAACAGGCGAUCGUGAUCAUCAACAAGACCCACUUCACUAAUCAACAAGGCUUCUUAGAAAGAAUUAACUCACCAGAACAGAUCCAAAGGAUCACGACGAUCGGCGCAAAUGAUGUCUAUCAAUGGUCCUUGGCCUGGCUCAAUCCGUCCCGUCAGUUACUCGAGCAGGUCCCCGAUUUCAAAAUGACAAUGAUCUUUCCUGCUACUCAAGUCCAUAUCCAAAAGUAUUCGAAACAAAUCAACAAGAUCAUCAGAGAGACGCCAGAGUUAUAUCAACGAGUCGUCUUACCCUACAUCCAAAACAUCCCUCCUACUCGUCUAUCAUGGUUAUAUAAUAUCCUCGAUCAUGUCACUGAAUCCGAGAAAAUUGUGUACGAAGAUCCAUCAGAAACUGAAGGCUUUAUGAUUAUCCCGGACUUAAAGUGGGAUCAAACCACGCUAUCCUCAUUAUACUUAUUAUGCAUCGUCAGGAGUCGAGAGAUCCGCAGUAUACGGGACUUAGAUCCAAGCCAUCUAAGUUUGUUGAAAGCGAUCCGAUCCAAAGCUUCGGCAUCGAUCGAGGAAAAGUACAACGUAUCUAAAAGAGAGUUACGGAUGUUUGUGCAUUACCAGCCCAGUUACUAUCACUUCCACGUCCACAUUACUCAUGUUAAUCAUCUAGGCUUCCAAGGGAUCACCGUCGGUCAAGCCCAUCUCUUAGACGAGAUCAUCGAUAACUUGGAGCUCGAACUACUCCACCAAAACCAACAGUCUCCUGACAUCGACAGGAGGAGCUCUUCCUCUUUCUAUCAGUCUAAGACUUUCACUUAUGCGCUCGGCUCUAAUCAUGAUUUGUUCGAUGGCUUAUGGUCUCGUCAGGAAACCAUGGAGUAACCCAUCACGAAUUAUCGUAUGCUCGGGUUUAUAUACCGUUCGAUGAGUGGUUGGAGCACUCUUGACCCUUGUUUGCUUGUAAGAAAUGCCCUCUCAGACACUCCAUUCCUUGGGCCUCGUGAGACGUCGUCGUCUUCAACUUGAGUGAAAAUGCAAACCAGAACCGAUCUCCAAAAAGAGGCACCGCCAUCCUGCAGGAGCAUGUGAAUCUUUCGGGUCAAAAGCAACAAGCAAUCCACAGCUCAUUUCUUUG